AUGAACGGCAUCUCUGACAAGAACCUGGCCGUGGUCGGCAUCUUCUUUGACUUGGACCCCCAAGACAAGCCCAACCCGUUCUUGACUCAAGUGUUCAGCCAGUUUGACCAGUUGACCAAGCCUGGCGACAACUUUACGCUGCCGGCGCUCGACCCGACGAGUCUCCAUGUGAGCGAAAGCAACGUCUUUCGGUACCCUGGCUCGCUCACCACGAAGCCGUUCACGGAAGGUGUCGAGUGGAACGUGUUGCAAAAGGUGCAUACGCUGUCCAAGGCGCAAUUGAAGCAGUGGUCCAACGUCAUUCACCUCCCCAACGCUCGUGAACUCCAAGCCCUGAACGGACGCGUGGUGACCUUGCUGACCAAGGACCACUCGGUGUGCUAG